AUGGUUGCUUGGCAGAAGGAGGAUGGGGCGAAGCGGCUGUUGCAGCUGAUCCUCCUGCACACAGCCUGGGAGGUGGGGAGCGGCCAGCUCCAUUAUUCAGUGCCGGAGGAAUCCCAGCACGGCUCUUUUGUGGGCCGCAUUGCCCAGGAUCUGGGGCUGGAGGUGAGUGAGCUGGUGCCUCGGAUGUUCCAGAUGGUUUCCAAAGGACAAGCAGACUAUUUUCAGGUAAAUGUGCAGAAUGGGAUUUUGUUUGUUAAUUCCAGGAUAGACAGGGAGGAGCUGUGUAUCAAGAGCCCUAUUUGUGCCAUUCACCUGGAGGUGAUUGUGGAUAAGCCCCUGAGGGUCUUCCAUGUGGAGGUGGAGAUCAAGGACAUAAAUGACAAUGCUCCUGUGUUUUCAAUACAUGAACAGAUUUUGGCCAUUGCAGAAAAUAAGCUGGCAGGUUCUCGAUUCUUACUAGCAGGGGCUUCUGAUGCAGAUACAGAUGCCAAUGCCCGGAUAACCUACAAACUGAGCCCAAAUGAUUAUUUCAUUCUUGAUUCAGGAAGUGAAGAGGACCAGAAUCAAUCUCCUGUACUGAUAUUAAAAGUUCCACUAGACAGGGAAGAAACCUCUCUGCAUCGUUUAUUGCUGACGGCCAGUGAUGGGGGCAAGCCACAGCUCUCGGGCACGGUCCAGCUGGUGAUUAAUGUGGUGGAUGCAAAUGACAAUCCCCCUGUAUUCAACCAGUCAGUUUACCGGGUAAAGUUGCUGGAAAACACAGCUAAUGGGACAUUGGUUAUUAAACUGAAUGCUACUGAUUUAGAUGAAGGAAUUAAUAAGGAAAUCUCCUAUUUUUUUAGUAAUAAUGUACCAUCAAGUUUCACUAGGAUAUUUAGCAUCAAUUCUAACACUGGAGAACUUACAGUGUUUGGUGAAGUGGAUUUUGAAGAUGUUAAUCUGUAUGAUCUUCAAGUUGUGGCAGAAGACAAAGGAUACCCUCCUUCGUCUGGACAUUGCAAAGUUCUCAUUGAAGUACUGGACAUGAAUGACAAUGCGCCGGAAGUGAUGGUGUCAUCCUUGUCAGUGCCGGUGCCUGAGAACUCUCCACCAGGGACAGUGGUGGCCCUCAUCAGUAUCUCAGAUAGGGACUCUGGGGCCAAUGGGCAGGUGAUCUGCUCACUAUGGCCCUCUGGGCUCCCCUUCAAGCUGACGUCCACCUUCAGGAAUUACUACUCACUCGUACUGGCUGAGCCACUGGAUCGGGAGCAGGUGGCCGAGUAUAGCUUGGUGGUGAUAGCCCAAGACCAAGGGAACCCCCCACUGUCAGCCAGCAGCAGCCUGUUGAUGCCGAUCAGUGAUGUGAAUGACAACACACCCACUUUUGCACAGCCUUCCUACACAGUCUUCGUGAGAGAGAACAACCAACCUGGAGCUCACAUCUUCACAGUGUCUGCCUCAGACCCAGAUGUGGCUGAGAACGCCUUGGUCAGCUACUGGCUGGAUGAGAAGCUCUGGCCGCUGUCAAGCUACAUUUCGGUGCAUUCGGAGAGUGGGAAGCUGUAUGCCCUGCAGCCCUUGGAUUACGAGGAGGUGAAGCUGCUGGAGUUCCAGGUGAGGGCCAAGGAUGCUGGGCUGCCCUCCUUGUGUGGCAACGUGACCAUCCAAGUCUUUGUGUUGGAUGAGAAUGACAACGCACCUGCAGUGUCUGGUCCAGCUGAAGAUACAGCUGCUCUGCUGAAGGUUCCAGUGGCAGCUGGGCAUGUGGUGGGCAAGAUCCAUGCCCUGGACGGUGAUUCAGGCUACAAUGCCUGGCUUCGCUAUGAGUUGCAUGACGUAUCCAGUGGCCCAUGGCGGGUGGGGCUUUACAGUGGUGAGAUCAGUACCACACGUGCUCUGGAGGAGGCAGAGGGCAGCAACAGCCAGAGUCUGCUGGUUCUGGUGAAGGAUCAUGGCAAGCCAGUACUGUCAACCACUGCCACCUUCAGCUUGUCACUGGUGCCCAGUUCCCAGGCUGCCCAGAGUGAUGCCCGCCUCUCUAGGACAGGAGGGAGCAUAAAGCCCCUGGCAGACACCACCAAUCUCUACCUGAUCAUCGCCAUCUGCUCGGUGUCCAGCUUGUUCCUGCUGGUGAUCCUCGUGUACGUGGUCCUGCGAUGCCAGAGCCAGGCCAAGGAGGCAAUGAUGUACGGCCCUGGCACAGCCACGCUGGUGUGUGCCAGUGAAGUGGGCAGCUGGUCGUAUUCCAAUCGCCACAGCCACAUCUUGGCAGGGGUGAGUGGGGAGGCCGGUGCCAAAAGUGACCUCAUGGUCUUCAGCCCCAACAUUCCUGUCUUCUCCGAGAACGGGAAGGAGCUGGUCCCAAAUGCUGCUGGGCAGGUAGUGGAUGCUGCCACAAAAUUGCCAUGUGUAUGGGGCUAUCACAAAAUGGUUGCCAUUGUGGUGGAGUCAAUCUAA